AUGCCCAGAAGCGAGCCAACUUUCUUAUACAAACUUGUUCCGUCAACUUCCCCCGUGCGGGAGCCCAUUCCAGAUCGUCUCCCGGUCAGCGAACUCGAUGAGAUGUCUGGAUUCGUGCACUUAUCCACAGCACUUCAAGUUCCAAACACUCUGAAAUUCUUUUUCAAGGAUGAACCUCUCGUCUAUGUGCUAAGGAUUCCCUACGACCGCGUAGCAAAAGAUAUCCGUUUCGAAGAUCCUGAGGGCCGUGUAUGCGGGCCGCGACCAGAUGAGGGUUUAUUCCCUCAUCUCUACAAUGGACUGAAGCUUGGGAAGGAUGAAGUCGAGAGCUUGAGCAUAUGGACUAACGAGGGCGGUUGGGACAAGCCGCUUGCUGCGGCAAAGCCAUGGCUUCGGUACUGA